AUGGGGCAGCCGGGGGCGGUGGGGAGCGCGGACGGGCCGCCCACGCGGCUGCCGCUCGUGCUCACCGCGCUGUGGGCGACGGCGGUGGGCCUGGAGCUGGCCUACGUGCUGGUGCUGGGCCCCGGGCCGCCCCCGCUGGGACCCCUGGCCCGGGCCUUCCAGCUGGCGCUGGCCGCCUUCCAGCUGCUUAACCUGCUGGGCAACGUGGGACUCUUCCUGUGUUCGGACCCCAGCAUCCGGGGCGUGAUGCUGGCCGGCCACGGGCUAGGCCAGGGCUGGGCUUACUGUUACCAGUGCCAGAGCCAGGUGCCGCCCCGCAGCGGGCACUGCUCCGCCUGCCGCGUCUGCAUCCUGCGCCGGGACCACCACUGCCGCCUGCUGGGCCGCUGCGUGGGCUUCCACAACUACCGGCCCUUCCUGUGCCUGCUGCUCCACGGCGCCGGCGUCCUGCUGCACGUGUCCGUGCUGCUGGGCCCCGCCCUGGCCGCCCUGCUGCGCGCCCACCCGCCCCUCCACACCGCGGCCCUCCUCCUGCUGCCCUGGCUCAUGCUGCUCACAGGCAGAGUGUCCGUGGCGCAGUUCGCACUGGCCUUCGUGACCGACACUAAUAAAAGAAUAGGAAGAAGACAGCAGUAG